UGAGUGAGAGAGUGAGUGUGUGUGUGUGUGUGUGGUUGACAGCGGGUCUGCUCCUCCAUGGUGGACACUGACUCCAUAUAUCCACACACACACACACACACACACAUGCAGAGUGACAGGGUGACGUGGUGUCGGAGCUCAGAGAUGAAUGAAUGAACCGAGGCUCCGUCUCCUCUUCGUCACUCAGACCGUGUGAAGAGGCUCAGUCUGGGGACAAACUGCGGGGACACCACGCUGCUCCCGCGGAGAAAAACAACCACCUUCCUCCUCCUCCUCCUCCUCCUCUUCAGCGUCUGUUGAAGUCAGGUCUUCCCGGUUCACAACUUCUAUUUUCUUUAAAUUGAACGUUUGCUGGCGCUGGACGAAGACUUCGGACAUUAAUGAUGAAGUUUAAGCCCAACCAGACCAGGACGUACGACGGAGAGGGCUUCAAGAGGAGGGCAGCGUGUCUGUGUUUCAGAAACGACCAGGAGGACGAGGUGCUGCUGGUGAGCAGCAGUCGACACCCGGACCAGUGGAUUGUGCCGGGAGGAGGAAUGGAGCCCGAGGAGGAGCCCUGUGGCGCAGCCGUCAGGGAGGUGUAUGAAGAGGCCGGUGUGAAGGGGAAGCUUGGCAGACUACUUGGGAUAUUUGAGCACAAUCAGGACAGAAAGCACAGGACGUACGUCUACACCCUCAUAGUGACGGAGACACUGGAGGCCUGGGAGGACUCCGUCAACAUUGGAAGAAAGAGGAAGUGGUUCAAGGUUGAUGAAGCCAUCAGGGUUCUGCAGAGCCACAAGCCUGUCCACGCAGAGUACCUACGCACACUCCCCAACACCUGUAAUCCACCCUGCGGUCCCGGGUGCAACCCGACUAACGGCAACAGCCCCAGCUCCCACGUGACGGACAACAGCACCCCUCACUGCGUUGUUUGCGCCACACAGGGCUCAGACCUGGUCAACAGAUAGGACCGUCACCAGCAGCGACACCAGGAUGCACGGUUGAUCUCUUCUGCAUUCAUGACUUCUUGAAGUGGGCUUGAAGAGUGCCAAAGUGUAUUUAAGAUUUUAUAUUUUUACCAACCAGCACCAGGUAAUAGAGAAAAUGUGUUCCUGAAGAUACCGCUCUUUGUCUUACAUGCUGAAUAUUUGAUUGGCCGUGCACACAGUGUUGGUUGGUUCUCUGGAUACCAGUACUGGGGAAGGGUUGGCUCUUCACAGGAAGUCCCACAGUGACGUGAUGUCAUCCUGCGAGACAUUUUGAAGAGGAGUAUCUACGCGUUUGUGAAUAUUUUUACUACAGAUUUUUUUUUUUUUGUGAACUGUUCAUGCACAUCGGAAACAAAACUACUGUCACCGCACCACUGUCACUUUACUGUAUCGUCUCUAAGCACGACUAACACUGAAAUGCUGCAAACCAGCCACCAAACUGAAAUAGUCCUGCCUUAAACAUCCUUUCAUUUGUACAUAUCCCAACUGCUGCAAGCCUGACUAUUAAAUUAAAGGUGAAUACAGUACGUUGGGACAGUUAAGGUGAAUAUCAGCUUCUGCAUAGUGGAACAGACAACUUGCAAAUGUUCCAAAGAAAGACAGUAUUUAACACUAUAGAUGUGCAGAUAUCACACAAAACAUACUACACAUCAGAGGAAAGUAUCACUAUUAUUUGCAUUUGAUAAAUGUCUGAGAAAACAAUUUGGAGGCCUCUGUUUUACAGGAGUGUUAAUGUGUUGUGCUACAGUCUGGUUAUUUUUUGUGCCUUCACAAACUCAGCAGUGACGUGUGUUUGGAUUAUAAACACUGUGCAUCCUACAGCGCUGACUGGAAGCAGUGCCGACUGCCUCACACACCCCCGCUGACCCUUUUUAUUUCUCAGCAUUGGUAAUGAACUGAAACUUUGGGUUUGUCGUUAUUAUUGCACAGUAUUAAAGGUUCAGUGUGUAGAAUUUAGUGAGAUCUCACAUCACCCUCCUUUUCCCUUUCAUAAAAAACUCAAAAGGUGUUUAGUUUGUCCAGUUUGGGCUACUGUAAAAAAAAAAACAUGGCGGCCUCCGUAGAGAGGACCCGCUCCUGAUGUAAAUAUAAAGUAGUUAAAUAUAAAUGGCCCAUUCUCAGGUAAAGACAUAAAUGUGUACAAUUUUGAUGAAACACACAAAUGACAACAUCACUGGAAUAAUUUUAUAUUCAAUUUCUGCCAAUAGAUCCCUUUCACCUAAAACUUGCACACUGAACCUUUAAGUACACACGGACUGAAGUGAUUUUUUUCGUAGGAUAAUACUGUGGAAACUAGACCGUAAGUCAGUCAGAGAGAGAGAGAGAGAGAGAAAGAAAAUAAUGUUAUGAUUUCAGUUUAUCAAUGAUCAGUGGUUUUCUUGUACUCUGGUGCAUUGGAAAGAUCAUUUAAUAAAACACUUUUCUAUGUG